CCACCGCCUUCUAUUUGUCCCCGCCCGCCGACUGCUGCAGGACACAACCCUGCCCCUGAGGAGAUGAAGAAUUUCCCCUAAAUAUAAUAAUGGGCCGCAAGCGAUUUAUUGCUUUGACGUGUUAACAUAACGCUAUUUUAAACAUCAACUAUGAAUCAUGCAUUUGAUAUUUCUCUCAAAUCUGCUUGUGAGCAUCCUUGUUUCCUGGCUCCAUCUGUCCAUAGCGUCAGCGUCACUUGGAGUUGAGAAUGAGGUUGCCAGGGACGCAGUGUCAUUGUUGCUGGAGCAGGAGGCUGCUGUAGCAGCAGCGGGAGCCUGGGAGAACACUACCCACGCCGCAGCAGAGCAUGUGAUCACCUACCCCUCCCGCCUAAUCUACUACCUGAAUGAGAACUCAGAGAGCACCUACCAUGACCUGGACACUCGCACCAGGAGUCAAGUUAGCGAGAGUCCGGUGGUCCACCUUGCUCAAGCCAGUUUUCAGUUAGAGGCCUUUGGUUCCAGAUUUGUGCUGGACUUAUCUUUAAACAAUGAUCUAUUGUCCUCAGAUUAUGUGGAGAUCCAUGUUGGAGAGGGCAAACCCGUCCAUUCAAAGGGUGGAGAGCACUGUUACUACCAUGGUCAAAUUCGAGGAAUCAAUGACUCACUUGCCGCCCUGUCAACCUGCAACGGGCUGCAUGGAAUGUUUGAUGAUGGAGUCUAUGUGUAUCUAAUUGAGCCCCUGGAACAGACUCACUCUAUUAAUAGUGCUGCACGGCCCCACACCCUCCGCAGAGCCGCCUCCCUCAGCAGCCGCCAGGACCUGGAGGACGCAGCAGGAGGGGAGGAGCUGCUCUCGGAGUUAGAUGACAUGUCUUGGCUGAAGCGCAGGAAAAAGCGAGCUAUGCCACGUAAUGUGUUUGAAGAGAUGAAGUACUUGGAGAUCAUGAUCGUCAGUGAUCACAACAUGUUUAAACGGCACAAGAACUUGCAGCACACCAAGAACUUUGCCAAGUCUGUGGUCAAUUUUGUGGAUGCUAUCUUCAAAGAGCAGCUUCGCACUCGUGUGGUUCUGAUGGCCAUGGAGGUCUGGAUGGACAAGGACCAGAUCCCCAUCAGUGUGAUUCCGCUGGACAUGCUGAGGGACUUCUCCAAGUACCGGCAGCAGCACAUCAAGCAGCGUGCCGACGCCGUGCACCUCUUCUCCAAUGUGACAUUCCACUACCGCAGGAGCAGUGUGGGCUACUUUGGGGGCAUGUGCUCUGUGAGCCGAGGAGUUGGGGUCAAUGAGUACGGCGCGACGUGGACCAUGGCUACAUCGCUGUCUCAGAGCCUGGCUCAGAACCUGGGCAUUCAGUGGGAUCCAGAAAAGCGAAAGGAGUGUGGCUGCCUAGAUACCUGGGUGGGAUGCAUCAUGGAAGACACGGGGAUACAGCACCCCCGUAAGUUCUCCAAAUGUAGUAUCACCGACUAUAAGGAGUUCUUGCUGAAGGGCGGGGGUUCCUGUCUCUUCAACAGGCCCAAUAAGCUCUUUGAGCCAACUGAGUGCGGGAAUGGCUAUGUGGAGGUCGGAGAGGAGUGUGACUGUGGCGUCAAAGGGGAUUGCCUUAAGGAGUGCUGUAAGAAAUGCUCACUGUCCAAUGGUGCUCACUGCAGUGACGGCCCCUGCUGCAACAAUUCCUGUCUGUUCUACCGCCGAGGCUUUAGCUGUCGCUACGCGGUGAACGACUGUGACAUUUCCGAGACAUGCUCAGGAGACUCCGGACAGUGCCCACCAAAUCUUCAUAAACAAGAUGGCUACUUCUGUCAUCUCAACCAGGGACGCUGCUUUGGUGGAGAAUGCAAGACUCGAGAAAGCCAAUGCAAAUACGUGUGGGGCUUUGCGGCCGGGGGCUCGGAGAAGUUCUGCUACGAGAAGCUGAACACCGAAGGCACAGAGAAAGGCAACUGCGGAAAGGACGGAGAGAAGUGGCUCCCAUGUAGCAAGCAUGAUGUGUUUUGUGGCUAUCUGCUGUGCACCAACACUGGCCGCACCCCACGGAUUGGAAUGAUGAAAGGUGAAAUCACCCCAACUAGCUUCACCCACCACGGCCAAACAAUGGACUGCAGUGGGGGCCAUGUGCUUCUGGACGACGAUACUGACCUAGGCUAUGUGCAGGACGGCACGCCCUGUGGUCCGUCCAUGAUGUGCCUUGACCGCAAGUGUCUGCCCAUUCAGUCCCUCAACCUGAGUGCCUGCCCCAGCCCAAAUGGCCACGUGUGUUCAGCCCAUGGGGUUUGCAAUAAUGAAGGCACAUGCAGCUGUGACACCACCUGGGCAGGGACUGACUGUAGCAUGCCCGACCCACCAAAGGAACCAGCUCCCUCUGAGGACGAAGGACCCAAGGGUCCUAGCGCCACCAAUCUUAUAAUAGGCUCCAUCGCUGGAGCCAUCCUGGUGGCUGCCAUCGUGCUGGGGGGCACUGGAUGGGGCUUUAAGAGUGUGAAAAAGCGACGAGGGUACGACCCCAACGCUGGCGGCAUCUAGAGCAGGACCAGCGAAGCGGACAAUGUUCCCAGGCUUCAUCAGUAGUCUUCAGUUCCUCUUGCUGCUGCUGCUCUUCAACCUUAGUUUUACUUGAACUGUAGAGGAUUAUCCAAUAGAGGACACUUUUAAAACUCCCAUUCUAGUAGAAACGCAGCUUCUCUGAUCUGACCUGCUCUGGCCUAACCUUCCAUCUCAAUCUCUUAUAGUUCCAUCCAGGACCGCAGCCCAAAACGCACUCCAUUCUCUCAUCAGGCAUGACCUCCUGUACAGAGCGCUUGCUAGCCUUGGCAUGAAGGGUCCUCACUAAAGGAUUCUGCAUGGCUAAGAAAGCUAUCGAUAUUCAGCAAACAAAAAAUAAUAAAUACAUUUCUAUAGUUAAAA